AAAUGUGAUUUAUGGGACCCGGAAGCAUAAAUGAAAGUGACAUAGUUAAUGCCCUAUAACAAUGUCACUAAUAUAUACACCUAGAAUGUCUUUCUAUGUUAACAUACCAACAUCUAAAGUCUAAACUCGGCAUCUGUUCUCCGAGAAAACCUCAGGUCAUGGAUACAUUGUUAUUGUUACCACUAGUUCUUAUGUUUGUUCCACCAAGCCUAAACAUGGUAGAGAGUCGCAAGGCUCCAAUUUCGGACUACUUUGAGUACAGUGCUGUUAACUGCAGAGCUUACAGUGCAUCGCUCACAGAUUUUGGUGGUGUUGGGGAUGGAACAACUUUGAACACAAAGGCUUUUCAAUCAGCCAUAGAUCAUAUGAGCCAGUUCUCAUCAACUGGAGGCUCUCAACUCUUUGUUCCUCCCGGAAGAUGGUUAACCGGUAGCUUCAAUCUCACUAGCCACUUCACUCUAUUCCUACACCAAGAUGCUGUCAUCCUUGCCUCUCAGGAUGAGAGUGACUGGCCACUCAUUGAUCCCUUGCCGUCUUACGGCCGAGGGAGGGAUGCGCAAGGUGGAAGGUAUAGCAGUCUAAUUUUUGGAACCAACCUUACAGAUGUGAUCAUCACUGGGGACAAUGGUACAAUAGAUGGACAAGGCGAUGUUUGGUGGAAAAAAUUCCACAAGGGUGAUCUCAGUUAUACUAGGCCUUACCUUAUUGAAAUAAUGUAUUCAGAGAAUGUUCAGAUAUCUCAUCUAACUUUGGUCAAUUCUCCUUCAUGGAAUGUUCAUCCUGUAUAUAGCAGCAAUAUUGUUGUUCAAGGCAUCACAAUACUUGCUCCAGUUAAUUCACCAAAUACUGAUGGAAUCAACCCUGACUCAUGCACAAACACAAGAAUUGAGGACUGCUACAUUGUUUCUGGGGAUGAUUGUGUGGCGGUUAAGAGUGGUUGGGAUGAGUAUGGUAUAGCAUAUGGAAUGCCAACGAAACAACUAGCAAUCCGGCGCCUGACAUGCAUUUCACCAACCAGCGCUGUGAUAGCGUUGGGGAGUGAAAUGUCCGGUGGGAUUGAGGAUGUGAGGGCUGAGGACAUUGUAGCCAUCAACUCAGAAUCAGGUGUUAGGAUCAAAACUGCUGUAGGAAGAGGAGGCUAUGUUAAGGACAUAUAUGUGAGAAGGAUGACUAUGAGUACCAUGAGAUGGGCAUUUUGGAUGACAGGAAAUUAUGGUUCUCAUGCUGACAACAACUAUGAUCCCAAUGCACUUCCUCUCAUUCAGAACAUCAAUUACCGGGACAUGGUUGCUCAGAAUGUGACUAUGGCAGCAAGAUUGGAGGGUAUAUCCAAUGCUCCAUUCACUGGCAUAUGUAUAUCCAAUGUGACUAUUCAACUAUCAAAGAAACCUUACAAAGUUCAAUGGAAUUGCACCAAUGUGGCUGGGAUUUCUAGUGGUGUGACUCCAGAGCCAUGUAUGCUGUUGCCAGAUCAGGGACCGGAGAAGAUUGGGGUAUGUACCUUCCCAGAAGAGGGUUUGCCCAUAGAUGAUGUCAAGUUCCAAACUUGCACUUAUGCAAGGCAUUUAUGACUUAUGACAGUGUAAAAGGAAUCACCAUACUUUAUCAGAACAAUGCAAAUUGACAAACACAACAAUGAAAAUUUACAUGUUUUUAUUU